AGUCAAAAAACCGGGCGUCUCACGGAGGAUGACCACAACGGGCCAGGGCAGCCCGGUGAAAACCUACGAUUACCUGCUGAAGUUCCUGCUGGUGGGAGACAGUGAUGUGGGCAAAGGAGAGAUCCUGGAGAGCCUUCAGGAUGGAGCCAGCGAGUCCCCCUACGCCUACAGCAACGGAAUUGAUUAUAAGACCACUACAAUCUUGCUGGAUGGCAGGCGCGUGAAACUGGAGCUGUGGGACACUUCGGGACAAGGGAGGUUCUGUACAAUCUUCAGGUCCUAUUCCAGAGGAGCUCAGGGUAUACUCCUGGUUUAUGACAUUACCAACAGGUGGUCCUUUGACGGAAUCGAUCGGUGGAUCAAGGAGAUCGACGAGCACGCUCCGGGUGUGCCUAGGAUCUUGGUCGGCAACAGGUUACACCUCGCCUUCAAGCGGCAGGUUCCCACUGAACAGGCACGUGCCUACGCUGAGAAAAACGGCAUGACUUUCUUUGAAGUCAGUCCACUCUGCAACUUCAACGUGACCGAGUCCUUCACAGAACUGUCCCGCAUUGUGCUCAUGAGACACGGCAUGGAGAGGUUCUGGAAACCAAACCGAGUUUUCACUCUGCAGGAUCUUUGUUGUCGAGCCAUCGUUUCGUGCACUCCUGUUCACCUUAUUGACAAAUUACCACUACCAGUCGCCAUAAAGAGUCACCUCAAGUCCUUCUCCAUGGCCAAUGGAAUGAAUGCCGUCAUGAUGCACGGGCGCUCCUACUCCCUGGCCUCCAGCAGCGGGGGCAGCAAAGGAAACAGCUUGAAGAGAUCCACUAAACCUCCACGGCCACCUCAGAGCCCACCUCAGAGCUGCACACGCACUAACUGUAAAAUCUCAUAGCGAGAGAUUUCUUCUGGCUGUUUUGAUUCGAGCUCGCUCUCUCUCUGUCACUCUCUCCUCUUCUGCCGAACCUUGUGCCACCUGAGGGAACCUGAGCUCCCACCAAACUGUUCUCGGAAUCUUCCAACUGGACCAAAUGAAAAUGUACCCUGCAUUUUCCCCCAACCCUCCUCCCAAAGGAACCACACGUAACUUUUGAUGAAUGAACCAACCACCCAACCCACCAACCACCACCGCUGGUUGAAGUGGACACUCAUUACGUUUUCGUUUUUAGCAAUUUGCACUGAGAUUUCAAAUUAGUAUUUAAAGCAACUUGCAGGUGCCACUGUUUUAAUAAAGGGACACCGAAUUUUCAGGAAGGUGGUGCUGGCAUGUUUACAUGGCUUUCAUCAGAACAUUGUUUGUUCCCUUUUCCUUGAGCGAACAGCUAGAAACAUUUGUUCUCUUGACUAAAUAUUAUUGACACACGGUGUAAAGAAGAAUCUCUGGGAAUCGAACCAGUGCAAAUGCAAAGAAUGGCUCUUGCUACUGUAUUUCUUACUUGCAUCACAAAACUUCCGUGCCUUUGAUAUUAGACUAUCCAGCCUCCAGCGGCCUGCAUGUGGCCUUUCAUACCUUAACCAUGCCUUGUACCUUUAUCGUCUAAAGACCAGGACCAAGUGAGAUCAGAGGUCAACUGACAAGGUUGUAUGCUUUUCCCAUACAGUGUAAAUGCUAAUGUAUUCAUAUUUUCUCUUGUUAAUUUAUCCGUCAACUAUUUUGUAGCUAUAUCCUGUCGCAGUGUACAAUGUCCUAGUUGAUUUAGUAGUUGCUUAACUAUUCUGCCAUUUUAGUAAUCAGAAGGUUAACCUUGUGACCAGUAAUGCAGAGUUUAAUCUCAAUCUUCACCUUGUGUUGAGCGUGAUUUGUAAAUUUUAAUAUCGGGCAAAUCAAGUAUGGCUUCUUUAUUUCAAACAACCUUUGAGAAAUUGGAAAACAGCAACAGAAAAAAAUCCUCAAGUCCACUCUGGUAAAACUGAAUGGAAAUUAUGUGAAAAAAAACCUUGAGCUCUUUCGUUGGGCCUCUUUAAAAUUUUGCUUUUGUUCUUUGGUAUAAAGAAAAGCUUUUGUUUUGACAUUUGUUUUAACAUUUGUAUUGUAUCAGAGGCAUCCUUUUCCUCCCCUCCCCCACACCCCCCCCAAAAAGAAACACACACGCACACAAAGAAAUGUUAGUUGUAAGUGUUUUUCUUCUUACUGUAAAAAAAGCUUUGCAUCUUGAUCACUAAUCUUAAUCAACAGCUUUCUAUUUGGAUGACACUUCUCAAAGGUAAAGUGGGAGCAGGAUGUUUAGAUGUACGGUAACCUUGAAGAUUGGCCACCUUCUGAACUAAAAGAGCAGUUGGGAGCAUCAUCUAGUCUUUGAGAAAAAGGGAAAAAAAAUGAAUAAAUGUUCAAUUAUGUAAAACACUAUCACAUUUAUUAUAGCUGCUGUGUGACACUUAACAUGAAUGAUCUAAGUGUUUUAUUGGCAUUUUUCUUUGUACAGUUUUAUUGUUCAACUGUGAAAUACACCUUUUUUUGCAAAACCGAAAA